CGCCGCCUCUCCUUGGGCCCCUUCUCUCCCCCUUUGCGCUCCCCGCGGGUUCUGGCCUCGCCAGCUGCGGCGCAGCCGUCAUCGAUUCCCCAUCAGCGACUCGGCCGGCGUCGCCGAGGCCGCGGGCUCCCGCAGGCUCCCCGUGGCCCCGAGUUAUAGUCGGGACGCCCCGGCCGCGGGUGAUUGUUGGGUCUCCUCGGGCCCGGGGCGCCGGAGCGGAUCGGGCCUCGGCGCCUCCUCAGGGCGCCCCGCAAGGCCACAGGCAAGAUGAACAUUCUGGCGCCGGUGCGGAGGGACCGCGUCCUGGCGGAGCUGCCCCAGUGCCUGAAGAAGGAGGCCGCCUUGCACGUGCGCAAAGACUUCCACCCCCGCGUCACCUGCGCCUGCCAGGAGCACCGGACAGGCACCGUGGGAUUUAAGAUCUCCAAGGUCAUUGUGGUGGGAGACCUGUCGGUGGGGAAGACAUGCCUCAUUAAUAGGUUCUGCAAAGACACCUUUGAUAAGAAUUACAAGGCCACCAUCGGCGUGGACUUCGAGAUGGAACGGUUCGAGGUCUUGGGCGUCCCCUUCAGUCUGCAGCUUUGGGACACCGCUGGACAGGAGAGGUUCAAGUGUAUCGCGUCAACCUACUACCGCGGAGCUCAAGCCAUCAUUAUUGUCUUCAACCUGAAUGACGUGGCGUCCCUGGAACACAGCAAGCAGUGGCUGGCCGACGCGCUGAAGGAGAACGACCCUGCCAGUGUGCUUCUCUUCCUGGUGGGCUCCAAGAAGGACCUGAGUACUCCUGCUCAGUACGCACUCAUGGAGAAAGACGCACUCAGGGUGGCCCAAGAGAUGAAGGCCGAGUACUGGGCGGUCUCCUCUCUCACUGGUGAGAACGUUCGAGAAUUCUUCUUCCGUGUGGCGGCACUGACCUUUGAGGCCAACGUGCUGGCUGAGCUAGAGAAAUCCGGGGCCCGGCGCAUCGGGGAUGUUGUCCGCAUCAACAGUGACGACAGCAACCUCUACCUAACUGCCAGCAAGAAGAAGCUUGCGUGCUGCUCCUGAGUGGUGAGGGGACGAUCCAGAGACUGCUCAUCCCUGGGCACCGUGGCGCCCUGACUCCCUCAGAGCUUGACCUAUGGGUGUUUGCACUGUUUUCCUAGACCAAAGAGCUGCCCCUUGGUGGCAAUGCCCCAGAGGGGUAGCUGGGACCAUUCUACUUACUUCCGGCCCCUGGGCACCAUGCCAAAGACUGGAUGCCUUCCUAUGCCCCAGGGGCUCUCCAGCAUGCACAGCAGCGUGUGUGUGUGUGUGUGUGUGUGAGUGCGCGCGCGCGCAGGGCAGUGUCCCCGCUGCCUCUCGUCAGCCUGCUCAGCUUUUUGGGUAUGAGGAUGCUUCGUGAGUCCAGCCUCACAUUGUGCCUUAUGCAUUAAAAUCUCUGUUAUUAGCA